UUGGUGAUGACGUUGCGGCGGGGCGACGCGGCCGAGGAGGCGGCGGGGUCAGCGGGAUGGCGGCGGCGCCGGUCCUGCGGCGGUCGCUGGGGCGGGGCCGGCCGCUCUGCGGCGGGGCAGGUCUGGGCGGCGGGUGGCGCCCGCCCGCCAGGGGCGCAUCGGCCGGGCCGGGCAGCGCGGGGGUGACCCCGGACGGCAUCAACAAGGCCGUCGUGGAGCGCAUCAUCCGCGUGGACCACGCCGGGGAGUACGGGGCGAACCGCAUCUACGCGGGGCAGAUGGCCGUGCUGGGCAGGUCGGCGGUGGGGCCGGUUAUACAGCAAAUGUGGAAUCAAGAGAAAGAUCAUCUGAAAAAGUUUAAUGAACUAAUGGUUGCAUACAGAGUUCGACCUACUGUUUUAUUGCCUAUCUGGAAUGUAACAGGCUUUGUUUUAGGGGCUGGAAGUGCUUUACUUGGAAAAAAAGGUGCAAUGGCUUGCACGGUGGCAGUGGAAGAGAGCAUAUCGGAUCACUAUAAUAAUCAGAUCAGAACUCUUAUGGAAGAAGAUCCAGAAAAGUACAGAGAAUUAUUACAGAUAAUAAAGCAGUUUCGGGAUGAUGAACGGGAGCACCAUGACAUUGCGCUUGAACACAACGCAGAGUCAGCACCAGCUUAUUCAGUUUUGAAGAUAGCUAUACAGCUUGGAUGCAAAGCUGCUAUAUUUUUAUCAGAAAGAAUUUAGUGAUAUUUUUCAAUAGUGAUUGUGGUAAUAAACUACGAUACAACAUGUGAAAUUAUGGAAGACUAAUAGUUAUUUUAUACAGCCUUUGGAAAAUUUUUUUCACGAAGCAUCUGAUUAGGCCAUCCUUUCUCAUACUGAGUACUCGUGCAAUAAGUAUCUGCAUUAAGGUCAGUGGAGCUAAAUGUGAGUGAAGAUGGCAGAAUUGGGUCCAUACAAACUAAAUCUCCUUAUUCUGAAACUGUUCACAAGGUGGCAGUAAAAUAUAUAUAUGUAUAUACAUGACUUGUAUGCAUAUAUAAAAAUGGUAAAUGUGUUCUCUGUUGCCUUCACAUUUAUAUUUAUUUGAAGUAAGCUGGAGCUUAUUAGCUCAUUUUAAAAUAGUACUGACUAAAUAGGAUAUUUUUUGAGUUCUGUUUUAAGGGUAAGUAAAUGAAAUCCUAGUAAUUAUUUCUUUUCAAUCUGUCUUGAAUAAAGAUUGGUUAUUAUAAGACUUUCA